UUAUCUUAAGAUAACUAAAGUUAUCUUAAGAUUACGAGAAAACUGGAGAUUACUCAAGAACUAUGCGAAACAAAAACGCGUUUUAAACUUAAACACGCGGGAAGUACGGUAUGUUGCCCAGCUUGGUUAAUUUCUAGAGAAUUAACGAUUACCUGGUACAUAUGUCCAGACCUUAACAACGAACCUCAUGGCUUUGUAAAAAGCACGUGCAAAACAAGACAAAAACAGUAACAAGUAAAUGAAAGUACUGCCUAUGCUGCUCGUUAGUUAUUUUUUAAAAUAUGUCUUCCUUUUUUAUAAACAGUUCGUCCGACGAAAUCGUGCUUCCUGCUUUAUCUGAUACAUCUGCUAUGAUAGAUAGGUUAAUGAAUUUGGAUCCUGUUGUGUCAACGUCUGAGACUACACUGAUGUUUCCACCCAUGAUACCAAGGAGAACUACAGAAACAACAACAUCAAGAUAUGUACCAUAUUCCAGAGUUACAUCAAUUUCAUCAGUUGGCUCGACUAGACAACCUAUCAGAUCAAACACAAGCACAAGAUUCGUACAAUCUUCAGCAUUCACAACUAAUUCAUCUGUUGUUUUACCUAGACAACCUACAAGGUCAAGUAUAUCAAGAUCUGUACAAUCUUCAACAGUUACAACCAAUUCAUCUGUUGGUUUACCUAGACAACCUACAAGGUCAAGUAUAUCAAGAUCUGUACAAUCUUCAACAAUUACAACCAAUUCAUCUGUUGUUUUACCUAGACAAGCAAUGGCAAGACACAUCUUUUCACCUGCUACCACAACUUCUACUUCUCAAUCUAGUUCAACCAUAACAAGAUUGGAUAAUAUCUUACCACCAAAUUUUGAUGAAUUGGUCGAAGUUGCAACUGCUGAAACAGAAAUUCAAAAUUUAAGAAAUUUUACAUACCAGCACAAAAGUACAAAGAGAAAAAGAACAGCAAAACCAGGUCCUGAAGUGUCAUCAAUCUAUAUUAAGUUAUAUCAUCUUCCCUGCGCAUCUGCCAAACCAAAAUAUGGUAAAGGAAACAGCGACCUAGUAAAAAGACAUUUUGACAGUGGAUAUGGAUUUGCCAGACCAUGUUAUGACAUUGUUACAAGAAAAAUUAAAAAGAUGUCAAUUAGUAUUCACUUAAAUGAAGAACAAUUCGAUGAAUUGUUACACGAGCUGUUUCCUCAUUUAGCACAAAAUUAUGGAUUUUUUACACUUUUAACUGGUGGAGUGUACCGAAAGGUUAAUAUCACUAAGCCAUCGGAUAUUAAAACCAAAAAAUACACGGGAACCCUUAUUGUGGCCAAUGCUAAUGAGUUUCCAGAACAUGGAGCCAGUACUAUUGAAACUCGCACACUGCAGGAAUCUUAUAGGAGGUUCAAUACCACUACACUGUCUUCUGAUUAUGCACUUCAACCUUUACAGUCUGUUUUGACUCAUCGUGCAACUCAGCCUUCAACAUCAGCUUUAACUACUAAUGUUUCAAGGUCAACUGUUAGUACUAAUGCAAUCAGCCCAAUACUUGCAAGUCAAACUAAUUUAAGGACUUCAGAAGAACUUGAAACAGUUAUUGCACCAAGGUUAAAUGGUCCUUUUCAAGAAAACCCUUUGUCUCAACUUUUACCAAGUUUUUCAAGAAAUAACUUAAACCAAUUUGAGGUUGACAGAAAAACUCUCCUACUCGCGCUGGAUUCAGAACAACAGCUCUUAAUAGACAGGUCUAACCUUGUUGCAGAUGCAAUUGAGCAAUACCAAGAUACUUCUAUUUUAGACUGUAAAGUUUUCAUAAAAUUUUUGGAUGAAGAAGGUCAUGACCUUGAUGGCUUGACUAAAGAAUUUUUUUCCUCAUUUUGGAUAAAAUUUUCAGAACAAUACUUAAAAGGAGAAAAUCAAAAGUAUUUUACUGUUCAACCUGAACCUGUGCUAACAGAUGCUCAGCUAAAGGCAGUUGGCAUGAUUCUUGUGCAUGGCUUUUUGUUGACAGGAUAUUUGCCAUUGAUGAUUAACAAUAGUCAGUUGUUCAUUAUCUUGUCUGGCAAAGAACCAUCAUCUGAAUCCAUGGCAACAUCAUUCUUGUCUGUUAUAGGUGAAACAAACAAACAGCUCAUUUUAAAGGCAAAGCAAAUGAGUUGUUAUGAUAACUCAUUAAAGAUGUCUCUGGUUAGACUACUCUCAAUGUACGAAAGUACGUAUUUAUCUUCCCCCAGCACAAUUGAUAAUUGUAUCAAAAAUAUUUCUAAGUAUAUGAUGGUUAAAAAGCCAUACUUCGCAUUGCAAAAGAUGAGUUUAGGGUUAACGGGAGAAGUGAAACCUCUAUCCUAACCAAAUAAAUUUGAAGGCACAAAUAGAAUGACUAUUUUGAAAAUUUAUA